UCGGAGGUUUCGUGGAUACCCAACAAACACUACUCAGGUAUUUACGGCUUGAUGAAGCUGACGCUAACCAAAGCUUUGCCCUCCGACCUGACGAAAGUCAUCGUCCUGGAUACGGACAUCACCUUCGCCACUGACAUCGCAGAGCUGUGGGGCAUUUUUAGGAAGUUCACAGAUAAGCAGGUGAUCGGUCUGGUGGAGAACCAGAGCGACUGGUAUUUGGGCAACUUGUGGAAAAACCACAAACCCUGGCCAGCGCUGGGCCGAGGCUUCAACACAGGUGUCAUUCUUUUCUACUUGGAGAGAUUGCGGCGGAUCGGUUGGGAGCAGAUGUGGCGGCUGACGGCAGAGCGGGAGCUAAUGAGCAUGCUCAGUACGUCGCUGGCUGAUCAGGAUAUCUUCAACGCCUUCAUCAAGCAGAACCCGGUCCUGGUCCACCAGCUGCCCUGCUUCUGGAACGUCCAGCUGUCCGAUCACACUCGCUCCGAACAGUGUUACACAGAGGUGUCCGAUCUCAAGGUGAUCCACUGGAACUCUCCAAAGAAGCUCCGAGUGAAGAACAAGCACGUGGAGUUUUUUAGGAACCUCUAUCUGACCUUCCUGGAGUACGACGGAAACCUGCUGAGACGAGAACUGUUCGGCUGCCCGAGUCAGGCCAGUCCAGAGACCGUCCAGCUGCAGGCGGCUCUGGAGGAGCUCGACGAGGACGAUCAGUGUUACGACUUCCGCAGAGAGCGACUCACCGUCCACAGAGUGCAUCUCUACUUCCUGCAGUACGACUACACGCCCAGCGAGGACGGGACCGACGUCACGCUGGUGGCUCAGCUCUCUAUGGACAGGCUGCAGAUGCUGGAGGCCAUCUGUAAACAUUGGGAAGGUCCCAUCAGUCUGGCGCUCUACAUGUCCGACGCCGAGGCUCAGCAGUUCCUGCGCUACGCUCAGGCCUCCGAGGUCCUCAAGAACCGCAAGAACGUCGGCUACCACAUCGUCUACAAGGAGGGUCAGUUCUACCCCGUCAACCUGGUGAGGAACGUGGCGCUGAAGAACGCCAACACGCCCUACGUGUUCCUGACUGACGUGGACUUCCUGCCGAUGUACGGUCUCUACGAUUACCUCAGGAAGUCGGUGGUUCAGCUGGACAUGGAUCACACUAAGAAGGCUCUGGUGGUUCCAGCUUUCGAGACGCUUCGUUACCGCCUGUCCUUCCCCAAAUCCAAAGCCGAGCUGCUCUCCAUGCUGGACAUGGGGACUCUCUACACCUUCAGGUAUCACGUGUGGCCCAAAGGUCACGCUCCUACCGACUAUGCCAAAUGGCGAACAGCCACCACUCCGUAUAAGGUGGAGUGGGAGCCGGACUUCGAGCCGUACGUGGUGGUGAGACGAGACUGUCCGGAGUACGACCAGCGCUUUGUGGGCUUUGGCUGGAACAAGGUUUCCCAUAUCAUGGAGCUGGAUGCACAGGAGUACGAUCUGAUGGUCCUCCCCAACGCUUUCAUGAUCCACAUGCCUCACGCUCCCAGCUUCGACAUCUCCAAGUUUCGCUCCAGCUCCAGCUACCGCAACUGCCUGAACACCCUGAAGGACGAGUUCCACCAGGACCUGUCCAGGAAGUACGGCUCGGCCGCUCUCAAGUACCUCACCGCUCAGAGGAACAUCUAAAGAACCCAACCAAGGAGGAGCUGCUGAGAUCCAGCGAGGCCGCCCCUCCCCCUCCCCACACUCUGACUGAGAGCUCGGACUCGUACUGACCGCCUGUUGGCUGCUAUCAGCGCCGAGCGUGAACAUGACGGUAAAGCUUUACAGCCCUUUUUUUUGGACACUCUCGGGCUCCUGUGCAUUAAUUCACCAGUCGACUCCACCUGAAGGAGGACGAGGACGCGGCAGGUUUUCUAACGGCGGGAUUCGCUGAGCUGAACGGAUAACGAUGGGACUAGCUUUAAGGCCGGGAAAUAACAACCAUAUUCUUCUAAGUUGUUCUGACAAUCAGGGCUUUUUUUUUUUUUUUUUUUUUCCUUCCAGAAGAUAUGAACCAAUCCGUCCAACAUGGAUCUCUGGACACUGAGCUCAAAGACACGACAGCAGGAGACCCGUGCCAUUUUAUUUUUUGAGCGGUGGGAAAUAAAUAAAUAUAAAAAGAAGAAGAAGAAGUCGUCGAACUGGAGAAAGAUUUAAAGCCUUAUCACUUUCCACAAUAUUUACUAAGAUAUUUAAUAUUUUAAUUUCCUUUUUUUUCUUUUUCUUUUCAGUGUCAAUCAGAACCAAUGAAUAACAAACAUUUACAAAUGCUUUGAUUACGACUUUACAUAAGUUUAUUUUUUCCUUUUUUUUUUCUUAUAUACUUUCUGACCUCUCUCUCUCAAAGAAAAUCCAUCACGUCCCGGGCGAAUUAGUUCAGAUUAUUUUGGGCUUCAGGGAUGUGCUUGGUGUGUAAGCGUGUGUGUGUGUGUGUGUGUGUGUGUGUGUGUGAUCCAGCUGCAUCACAUGGCACGUCUUCAUCAAUGCUUCCUGCUUCGUCAUCAUCGGCAUUUCUCACUUUUUUUGUCUCGAUCAUAUAUUUGCCUGCAUGUAAAAACUGUCGCAUCACAUGUUCUUUUUUUUUUCUUGUAAGAUAAAUAGUUAUUCUAUUUAUUCUUCUUUUCCAUCUUUCAUCUCUCUCUCUCUGAAAGAAGACUACUGGUAACAGAUAAAACCUUCAUUGAUUUGGGACCAACUCACGCGACCAACACAGCGAGUUGUUGCUAACGGAAGGAACUUUCUUGUCUUUUUUUUAACUUUUUUUUUUCUUGUAUUUUGUGCCAUUUCAUCUAUAAUUAGUCUGAUUCACUGGAUAUUUGUGCCAUCUACUGUACCUUUUUUUUGUUGCUGUAAAGUUAAACUAAAAUUAUAAAACACUUAACUUUCAAUUUGAUGAUUAUAAUUCCCCAGUUUCCUGAUAUUUCAUAGACAAAAGUUGUUUAUAAUGAAAGAAAUGGUAUUCACAGUUUCUCCGAGGCCACAGUCUUUAAUUUGCUUGUUUGUCUGACAGUUAAGAUAUUAAAUUAUUAUCACACAUGACAAAGAAAGAAAGAAAGAAAGAAAGAAAGAAAGAAAGGCAGCAAAUUAUCACGUUUGAGACACUGAAACCAUUAAAAACCAUUUUUCUGUCAAUGGAUUAAACUUUGAUUGCAGCUCUUAUGAUCUAAAACUACAGUCACGUAAAAAUUCAACUGACCAAAACUGUCCACUGACUACUAUAAUAUCCCAAUUUUCCGACAUUUUAUAAAGAGAAGUACGGAAACAAAUUUUAAAAGAAAAGAUUGGUAUUCACAACUUCUCCGAGGCUACAGCAAUGUCUUUAAUUUGCUUGUCUUUUGUUUGUCUGGCAGUUUAAAAUGUUAAGAUAUUCAUUAUUAUCACACAUUGACAAUAAAAGAAAGAAAGAAAGGCAGCAAAUUAUCACGUUUGAGACACUGGAACCAUUAAAAAUCAUUUUCUGUCAAUGGAUUAAACUUUUAUUGCAGCUCUGCUACACAGAAUGAAACCUAAUGAUCUGAAACUACAGUCACAUAAAAACUCAACUGACCAAAACUGUCCAAUGACUACUAUAAUUACCCAAUUUUCCGACAUUUUAUAGACACAAGAACGGAAAAAAAAAUUUAAAUGAAAAAAUUGGUAUUCACAACUUCUCCGAGGGCUACAGCAAUGUCUUUAAUUAAAGUUUGUCUGGCAGUUUAAAAUGUUAAGAUAUUCAAUUUAUUAUCAGACAUGACAAAGAAAGAAAGGCAGCAAAUUAUCAUGUUUGACACACUGGAAACAUUAAAAACGCCAAAAAUGGUUUAUGGAUUAAACUUUUAUUGCAGCUCUGCUACAUGUUAAACCUAAUGAUCUGAAACUACAGUCACAUAAAAACUAAACUGACCAAAUCUGUCCAAUGACUUUUAUAAUUCCCCAAUUUUCCGACAUUUAUAGACAGUAGUAAAAAACUUUUUUUUUUUAAAAAGAAAUAAUUGGUAUUCACAGUUUCUCCGAGGUCACAGUGAUGUCUUCAAUUAGCUUGUUUUUUGUUGGUCUGGCAGUUUAAAAUGUUAAGAUAUUAAAUUUAUCUAACAUUGACAAAGUAAGAAAAUAAGAAAGAAAGGCAGCAAAUUAUUAUGUUUUUGAGGAGAUUGAACCUUUAAAAACGCCAAAAAAUGGCAUUAAUAAACAUAUAUCGAUUAUCAGAACACUAAAUUAUUCAUUUUCUGGUAAUAGACUAAACAAUCACCUAUUAUUGCAGCUCUGCUACAUGUUAAACCUCCAGAGAAUCAAACCUAAUGAUCUGAAACUACAGUCACAUAAAAACUCAACUGACCAAAACUGUCCAAUGACUUUUAUAAUUUCCCAAUUUCCUGAUGUUUUAUAGACUAAAUGGGGAAAAACAGGUUUUCACAGUUUCUCCGAGGCCACAGUGAUGUCUUCAAUUUGCCUGUUUUUUGUUUGUCUGGCAGGUUAAAAUGUUAAGAUAUUAAAUUUAUCAAGAAAGAAAGAAAGGCAGCAUUAUGACGUUUGAGACACUGGAUCUAGGGAUGGACGAUACGGCAAAAAGAUCAUAUCACAUUUGUUUUUUCAUGUCAGUUUAAUAUUUUAGUUUACUGAACAGUGCUCAAGAUUUAAAAAACAUUAUCUAUAAAACAAUAAGAGAAAUGUGUCUUAGGUUAAGAGCUCACAAGCAGCAUAAAACACGAACUACUGAAACUGACAUUAAAACACAAAUUAAGUCCAUAAAUAAACAAGAGAACAACAGUCUUGUUUAAAAUUGAUAUUUACAGUAAAACAGUGAAACCAAGAGUUAGUUGAUGUUGUGAAGAAGAAUAUCGUCAUAUCGCUCCCCCCUAGCUGGAGCCAUCAAACAAGCAUCAGGAGGAGCAUGAGGCGCCCUCCUGAACCUGUGAACCAAUCAACCUGUCAAUCACCACGUAGCCACGCCCUAAUGCAUACCCUGCUUUAUCGUCACAUAUAAAAUCAGGGAGGCCAAAAUGUCCCAAAUGAACAUCAUACUGCAUUGAAGAAGGCUUUAAACUAGCGAUUGAGACCAUAAACACAUUUUGAAAACGUUUACUGAGGUUAGAAAUCAAGUGAGAAGUUGGUGAAUUCUCCAUUGACUUGUAUAGAGACGGAAGUCCUUUUGACACCAAAACGGUCGCCCCCUGGUGGCCUUUUGAUAGAAUGCAGUUUUAAGUUACUUCCUCGUUGGCCUCAUUUCAGAGGACCAGAACUCCCCGCCUGCUACAGAUACAUGAAGUUAUCGGCUAGGUUCACGCUUAUUUCGGUUUAUAUUCAAUAUUAUAAGAGGAUGAUUUAUGAUGUUUUUGACGUCUAAUCCUGAACAAACGUUCCUUUUUUUUUAGCCUCACUAAAAACUGUCGAUUUAACGAACGCUGCAGAGCUUCAGAUUAAAGUUCAUCAUUCAUUCAUCAUUUCAUACCUCUUGUCUAAAAUCAUUUGUAUUCAUCACAGAUCUUCCUUUUUAUUUCCUCGAUCCCUUUUCUUGCAUUUUGGUCAAAAGGCGAGAUAAAAAAAAAUCUCUUAAUAAUUUCCACAAAGUUAAGAAAAGCAGGAUUCAGAGGAGAGGGGGAACUUGAGUCGAAGGUGUUGGAUUGUGAGUGACGGGUUUGGGCUCAGACAGUCUGCCCCCCCCCCCACCCCCCCCCCCCCCCCUUUACACCCCCCGCCGCCAUCCACGCCGCCUCCAUUGACUUGUUGUUGAUUGUGGUAAAUGCUAGUGCCUUUGCUGUAUUGUGAAACUGGAUAUUGAUUGUACUGUUGUACCGACAGGGCCUGGGGGAAGUCAGGCACUCUAUUUAUUAUUGUUGACUCAAAUCAAUCAUAUUUUUCUAUGUAAGUGCUUUAAAUAAAUUUGCCCUUUUUUA